CCUCGAACCUAGAGCUCCCCUUUAGCUAUAAUUAAUUGGGUUGGUGUCAAUGUUUCCAAUGAUAAGGAAGAGCGGGAGGGACAAUAUCUCUUGGGAUUAGUGUUUUUGUGUUUGUUUAUUUUUGUCUCCCUCUCCGCCAAUGGCUUCUUCGAUCACGCGCAUUCCAUCUUCACUUACCACCCACCAUUUCCCUUCUUCUCUAAGGUAUUUCUUUCUUUCUAUCUUCCCCUGCUUCCUGCUUCUUCUCCUCCUCUGCUACUUCUAUUUCAUCAUCUCCAUUCAUUUGGUCUGACUCAAAAAACAUAAUAGACCCCAAAGGGUUUCUUCUGAAAUCUGAAAUCUCAUCCCUUUCCAACUCUCUCUCUCACACAAGUUCACCGUCUCCAUAACCAAAGAUCAUGGUGAUGACGAUGAUGGUAGUUCCGAUUGUUGAAAUCUAGAGACACACAGUACCAAACAGUUUGUGUUUCUGGGAUGUUGUUUAUUUUCUCCCCCUUUGGCCUCUUGGGGUUGGUCUAAUCUUGAAGGGUUUCUGGUGGGCUCUUCUUCUUUCUUCUUAAUUAAUUCUCAAGUCUUCCAUCCAUGGUGUCCUCUGUUUCCUCUGUUUUUACUCUGUUUCAGUCCCUUCACAAUUAACGAUAUAAGUUGCUAGGUUCCCACAUAAUGAUUUCGGUAUCAUCUCAAUACUUGACUUGCUACUAAGGCUUAGGAGUCUUUUUUCUAUUUAGAAAUCAUGAUUAGCUCAUAAUAGUCAAAACCUAGGGGGGAGGGUAAUUGAUUUGAUUAGAGAACCAUUCACUUAUACAUAAGAGUUUGUCCGAAUUUCGUUCCUUUGUAUUAGUGUUGAUAUGAUUGUACGUGUUAUGAUAACGUCUGAAGUUGAUUCAUUUGGAAACCCUUUUCCUGUUUUCUCAUCAGGAUUUGUCACCAAGAUCAUUAUGACCUGUAAGAAGGAAGUAUUAGUCUGAUUCCCCCUCAAUUUUAGAGACUAAACAAGGAAAAUACAGAGCAGAGCAGCAAGCUAGCUUUCAGAAUUCAGAUGAUGGCUACAUACUAUACAACAAUCAGCAGCAGUCCAACGGGAGACUUGCAGACACCAAGUUCAUCAUCAUGUCAAUUAGAAACCAAUCUUUCCAAUAAUUCCCACCUCAACACCAUCUCCAUUUGUUCAUACUCGGAUAUUCUCUCCGGAGCCACCACCACCUCUCUAUCUCCCAACCACCACCACGCCGAUGAAUUCUCAACCUCACAAUUCGGGCCGACACGCAACAACGAGAUGAUGUUCAUCCCGCCCUUGAGCAGCGAGGUUCCGUCUCCAGAUUUGCAUCCACGCAACGUGGACGCAAAUCUGACUGCCGCGGAGGGGUUCCACAUCCAAGGUGGGCUCUCUCUGAGCCUCGGCACCCAGAUGGGCGGUGUCGAGGCUCCAUCGUUUCAUCACUAUCAGUACUCCGUCUCAGAGCCCGAAGAGGAGCUCAUUCUGCCUGCUUCGUUGGUUAAAUGGAACAACCACAACAACCAUGGAGGAGGAGGGGAUGUGAUAAAGAUGGAAGGUGGUGGUGGUGGUCCGAUGAACAAUCCUCCCGAUCAUUUCUUGCAGGGGAGUGAGAGUAACAAUGCUGUUGAAGUGUAUGAGACGUUCGGGUAUGCGAAUGUUUCGCUGUUCAAUUCGAGGUACCUCAACGCGACGCAUGAGUUGCUGGACGAGGUUGUUAAUGUGAAGUACGCCCUCGCGGCGAGUGGUGAAGGGAACAAAUGCUCGGAUGAGAAAGAGGGCAACGAACGGGUUGCAUCGGUUGAGUCGGAUGGUGGCAACUCAUCCUCGACCGAGUUGUCACCAUCCAAAAAACAGGACUUGCAGAGUAAAAAGAUCAAGCUUGUGUCCAUGAUCGAUGAGGUGGACAGGAGGUACAAGCAGUACUACCACCAAAUGCAAGCUCUGGUCACAUCCCUAGAUAUGGUCGCCGGCAACGGCGUAGCUAAAUCGUACACAGCUCUCACGUUGCAGACAAUCUCCCGGCGGUUUCGCAGCCUCCGGGAUGCAAUCGGCAGCCAAUUAGACGCAAUCAGGAGGAAGCUAGGCGAGCCAAAAGCAGCAUCCCGCUGCAUCCCGCGUCUUCGGUAUGUGGAGCAGCAGCUCAGGCAGCAGCGAGCGCUUCAGCAGCUCGGCGUCAUGCGCCAUGCUUGGAGGCCUCAGAGGGGCCUUCCCGAGAACUCCGUCACAGUUCUCAGGGCUUGGCUCUUCGAGCACUUCCUCCACCCGUAUCCAAAUGAUGCAGAGAAGCUGAUGCUAGCGAAGCAGACAGGGUUGAGUAGAAACCAGGUGGCCAACUGGUUCAUAAACGCCAGAGUGCGGCUAUGGAAGCCGAUGGUGGAGGAAAUGUACAAAGAAGAGUGCGGCGGGUUCGGCGACUCAGACGCAAACUCCAAGUCGUCAAACGACGAACCAAACAGAAUCCACGGCGGUGCCACCCUCGAUCAAAAUCAAUACCAGCGACACGAUCAUCAUCAUCAUCAUCUAGUAGUCGGUGAACACGAUCUCCAAGACACCGCGGUGACCUCAUCGCCAUCAUUAGCCGCCGAUCACCACCACUUCCUCCAUCAUAACUCCAAUUCAAUGAUCAGUUUUCACCAGGAGACGAUGCAGCCACAAUCGCGACCGGAGAUCGACCACGAUCAGGACCAGGGGCUACGACAUUAUGUGGUGGCGGAACAGAGUACUCUGCCUCUCAACCUAAAUGCAGGGGAUGGCAGCUUGAUGUCCGCGGCCGUCCAAUACGGCGGCGUUUCUGAGAUGAACGCCGGACUACUUCCUGCUACAUUAGGAGGAACCCACCACCGCCAUGUAUCUCUGGCGUUGGGAUUGCAGCACAAUGAAACGGACGGCGGCGACGGUGGUGAGAUGGUGGAUUACCAUAAUUGCUUGGAUGGCAAGGCACAUGAGCAGCAUCACAGGUUUGGGAGCACGGUACAUCUGUUGCAUGAUUUUGUAGUGUCUAAGAACCCUUGCUUCUAGGUCAAGGUAACGCAAGUUAUCAGGAGAAUUGAAGGGAGGUUGGUUGAUGGUUUCAUAUUUCUUCGUUUUUUUUGGCUGCAAAGGGAGUUUUCUGUACAUACAUAUAAUGGUGGUGAUAUAAUAUGUUAAUGUCUCUUUCUUUCCCACCACGACUUGUAACAUAUAGGAAUUAGAUUGGCGGAAGAGUAUUGUAAUCGGGUAUAUUUGUAAAGGUAGGAACAGAAGGGGAAAUGUAGAACAGGGGGCUUUGUAUACUUUCUGUUGUUGAAUAAGGAAAGUUUGGUAUACAAAUUGAUGACGAUUUCAAGGUAUUUUUUUGACGCAUUGAGGUCAUCGCACUAGUAGAAGUCCAAGGUUCAAAAAGGCGCUAGGCGUAAGGCGGGCGUCGAGUCUUUGUCUUGCGCCUAGCUCGCCUAGGCAUAGACUAAACGUGCCUAGGCGUUGGAAGAAAAAUAGUUAUUCGCA